UUCAAAGAUCUGAACAUGAUCAAUAUAAACUAUCUAUAACCAUAAACAUUGUAGUGAAAUAUCUAAGACUGAGAGAAAGUAAACUGAACCUCAAGCAUAGGCAAGAAUAAGACAACCAGAGCUCUCUUUCUGGGAAGGUUACAAAUGUCAGUGGUCAACCAAUGCUAUCAGUAUUCAAAGUCAGACUCUAGGUGUGGCCCAUGUGUCUGUAAUCUGGACAUCCUGGGUCCCAGUACAUGCUCAGAGAAGAAUUUAGACAAAGGAGAUGGAAGGAAGCUGUUUCCACAGGGAGAGAUUUCCUUUCUACCUUGUUCUCAGUCUUCUGCUUCAAGGAAGGAGCAGUACUUUCACCAUCGAUUGCUCAGGGUUUGAACAACAUGGGGUGGAUCCCGCUGCUCUGGAUGUGGUGUUUGACAGAAAGGCCUUUCGUCCAGCCACCAACCUCAGCAUCCCCACCCGAGUCAACAUCUCCUUUACGAUGUCUGCCAUCAAAGACGUGGUCUGGGAUAACCCAUUUAUCAGCUGGAACCCAAAGAAGUGUAAGGGCAUCACCAAGAUCAGUGUGGCAACCAAGAACCUGUGGCUCCCAGACAUUUUCAUCGUUGAGUUCAUGGAUGUGGAUAAGACCCCGCAGGGCCUCACAGCAUAUGUAAGUAAUGAUGGUCGCAUCAGGUAUAAGAAACCCAUGAAGGUGACCAGCAUCUGUAGCCUGGACAUUUUCUACUUCCCUUUUGACCAACAGAACUGCACACUCACCUUCAGGUCAUUCCUCUACACAGUGGAAAAAAUGUUGCUGGGCAUGGAGAAAGAAGUGUGGGAGAUAGCAGACACAUCCCGGGACAUCGUUCAGACCCACGGAGAGUGGGAGCUCCUGAGCAUCAACAAGGCCUCUCCAAGGAUGUUGGUGGGAGACAAACUAUACGAUCAGAUUAUGUUCUAUGUGGCCAUCAGGCGCAGGCCCAGCCUCUACAUCAUAAACCUCCUGGUGCCCAGUGGCUUUCUCAUGGCCAUUGACGCCAUGAGCUUCUACCUGCCAGCAGAAAGUGGGAAUCGCGCCCCAUUCAAGAUAACCCUCCUGCUGGGCUACAACGUCUUCCUGCUCAUGAUGAAUGACUUACUCCCCACCAGUGGCACCCCCCUCAUCAGUAUGGCUCCUCCAACCUUUGGGAAGAGAAGAAUGGGAGCUAGCUCAGGGAAGGGAGGUGUACUGGGGAAAGGAGUCUUCAUGCUUGCCAAGGUGGGAUCAGAAGAGAGAAGUCCUGGGUGGUCCCUCUGGCCCUCACACAGGCCCACCUUCCCUCCAGGUGUCUACUUUGCCCUGUGCCUGUCGCUGAUGGUGCUCAGCCUGCUGGAGACUGUCUUCAUCACCUACCUGCUGCACCUGGCCACCACCCAGCCCCCACCCAUGCCGGGGUGGCUCCACUCCCUGCUGCUGCACUGCACCUGCCCAAGGAAAUGCUGCCCCACUGCGUCCCACAAGGGGAACGAGGGCCUUGGCCUGCCCCCCGCCCAGCUGCCUGGUGUGAAGGAGCCAGAAGUGUUAGCAGGGCAGAUGCCAGGUCCCAGAGAGGCAGAAGCUCGGGGCUCAGGAUGGACAAGGGCCCAGCGGGAGCAGGAGGCCCAGAAGCAGCACAGGGUGGAGCUGUGGGUGCAGUUCAGCCACAUGAUGGACACCCUGCUCUUCCGCCUCUACCUGCUCUUCAUGGCCUCCUCCAUCCUCACCGUCAUCGGCCUCUGGAACACCUGAGCAUUUCUAUCUGCUCCUGCAGAUCCCAGCUGCUGCUUCUGGCCUCCAGGGACCAGCCAAGUCGUCACCCUUUCCCAAGAACCAACUGUCAUAUCCCCAAAGUUACCAGUCCCUGCUGUAUUCCAUGUAUACCAAUCCAGCCCUGCUGGUCAGUCUCAUCCAGUCCCAAACAUUUUCCCCUUGGUCCUGCAUUCCGUUGGCUUCCCUCAGUCCUACCGUGUGGUUCUAGGACCCCUUUAUGUCUUCUGCAUAGCAGGUUUCUACCUCCUCUGCCUGCUAACUUGUCCCAAUAAAUCAUUUUACAGAGAUUUCUGGUUCUUUGUCAUGUCAUAGAGUAGAAACGUAAAUAUUCAGGACUGAUAGUUUCAAAAUAUCACCUGUGCAUUCCUUUGCCUAUGAUAAAGCUUUAAUGUCAUAAGGCUGCGGUCCCCAACCCCCAGGCCACGGACCAGU